UCGAAGUGCCGAUGAAAGAAUAUCACCCAUUCAGAACGAUGCUUUUUGCUCUGCUCGCCAUAACGACUCACCUGGUACCUCAUAGCAUUUACGCAAGCACGCAAUACCCAGAACAAAAUCCAGCGCUUCAAGAGUACCAGGAUCAAUCUUCGUUCUUUCCCCUCGAAGAGACAUGGUACGUGGCGUACAGGAACUUCGAGACGGAUCCAUUUUUCGGGGGCACGGCUACAUGUGUCAGAUUCAGGGAGACUGAUCCCGGACAAAAUGACGCUUACCCACUCAUUGUUGAGUACGAUCCAAGCUUCUCAGCUAAUCUAACAGUGACUCUCGGCUUAUCUCCGGGAUAUACACUCAAAAACGUUCUGAACUUUCAACCUCAAGGUCAGGAUAUCUCGGUGCCGGCUUACUCAGCGUACACAGACGUCAAGAAGUGCGAAAUACUCCGUCUGCCAUACGCAGGCGAUGGGGCAUGUGCUCUCUUCGUCCCCAAAAGUCAACUGGGAAAUCACGCGGUAUGCUGUGAUUUCAUCUUUGAUCUCCUCUGCGGUGCCACCCCGAAGUUCGACAUCUCCGACACCAGCUGCCCUUAG